UGCCCGCCGACUCGCGCGGUUUCCAAUUCUCCCCGCCAAGUGUCAAGAACAUUGAACAAUCCAAUGUUAUUUCUCUCGCGCUGUGCACGAUUGAAAUUCUAAAAAAUUUGUAAAUACGAUGAGUGAACAAAAGUGCCUCAGUGGGACGGGAAAUGAGACAUCGAGUGAUUUUUUAAUAAUUUAUUUAGCUUAAUUGACCUCACGCGGUCCGUUAAAACGGACCAAGAAUGAUUUUUACUGGUAGAUCAGUCGAUGCACUAGAUCAAGUUCGCGAUGAGCGACGCGACUCAAAUGCAAUUGCCAUUGCCACUGGGUGGUUUUCAAGUUUACGUAGACCCGGUAAAAAGGGUAAAAAAGCGGCACAAAAACCUGUUAAAAGUGCCUGGGAUUUGACAACAAUCUCCACUCAAUUAAAAGAUGAACUCGGCGAGGUUGUGGCAGAGAUGGAGUCGAUGGAGGGUGGAGGUCUCGCCCCGGACGACUCCAAGCCCUCGAACAAAGCCAAACAAACGUCCAUUGGUCGUAAAAAAUUCAAUAUGGACCCUAAAAAGGGAAUUGAGUACCUGAUACAGCACAAUCUAUUAGCCCCAACACCAGAAGAUGUUGCCCAAUUUUUGUACAAGGGUGAGGGACUGAAUAAAACAGCCAUCGGUGAUUACCUCGGUGAGAGGCAUGAUUUCAACGAGCGUGUACUUCGUGCCUUCGUCGAAUUGCACGACUUUACUGAUCUCAUACUCGUUCAGGCAUUGCGACAAUUUCUGUGGUCAUUCAGAUUGCCCGGGGAGGCGCAAAAAAUCGACAGAAUGAUGGAGUGUUUUGCCCAGCGCUACUGUCAACUCAAUCCAAAUAUCUUCACCAAUACCGAUACCUGUUAUGUUCUUAGUUUUGCGAUUAUAAUGCUCAACACGUCGUUGCAUAAUCCAAGUGUCAAGGACAAACCCAGUGUCGAACAGUUCAUUACGAUGAAUCGAGGUAUCAAUAACGGGGGAGAUUUACCACGUGAAUUAUUAGUUAGUCUAUACGAGAGUAUAAAAACAGAGCCAUUCAAAAUACCGGAGGACGAUGGCAACGACCUGAUGCACACGUUCUUCAACCCUGACAAGGAAGGUUGGCUCUGGAAGCAAGCAGGUGGACGUUACAAGAGUUGGAAGAGACGGUGGUUCAUUCUAAACGAUAAUUGUCUGUAUUACUUCGAGUAUACAACUGACAAAGAGCCACGAGGGAUCAUUCCACUGGAAAAUAUUCAGGUCAGAGAGGUGCAGGACAGGAACAAACCGCACUGCUUUGAACUGUAUGCUGCUGGAUCUGAGUUCAUUAAGGCGUGCAAAACUGACAGCGAGGGGAAGGUCGUUGAAGGGAAACAUACUGUCUACAGAAUGUCAGCUGCCACUGAUGAGGAGAAAGACGAGUGGAUCAAGUGUGUCAGACAAAGUAUAUCGCACAAUCCAUUCUACGAUAUGCUGGCUGCUAGAAAGAAGAAGGCGCAGAAGACAAAUGUCCACUCGAAGAGUUAAAAAAUCAUCGAAGCAUGAUGGAAACCCCUCAAAGUACGCAUUUCCCUGGGGAUCACACCUCAUCUGGAUUUCUCCUUCCAAAUCAUCCUUCAUAAACGUCUUCAGCUUUGCAUCAAAACCCGAAGGGGUCCAGUGUGACGUCCGAGGAGGAACGAACAACCAAAUAAAAGAGAGCAUAACAUUCGUUACUCCUUCUCGUGCCACAAAUCCACAAGAGGAAAUAAAUCAAUCAAAACGAUUAUCGUUGAACUACGUAUUCCUGGUGAGAUGUACGAUAAAAUAUUUAUUUAUUUAGUCUAUUGAGUUAUUUGCUUCCUACCGAUACGUGGAGACUGGAAAUUUCAUAUUACUAUUUAUUUUGUAAAUGUUUGUGCGAUGGUCUUUAUCAUUUCGUCAGUGUAAUCAUCGAGAAUUGUAAAAUAUUAGCGACAAGUUCGUCUGAAGACCAAUGUAACAACAUUUUUUUUGAGAAUUUACAGUCGCAAAAACGUAUUAAUGUGAUAGUUGUAUUUGUAAUCCAGAAAGAAAGAAUCAUAAAAUAUCUAGAAUAACAAUUAAUGAACAGUUUAUUACAGUUUGUUAUUAAAUUGUAAUGAACUGCUUGUGAAAUCACAAAUUCAUUGUAAUUGAUGAGCAUAAAAUGAAGAAUAGCUACUGAAAGUGCAGCCAGAACUAUUGUGAACAUUUAGUUUUGGUGAAUUAAUGAGAGAGAAUUAGUUGACGUGACAAUGGAAUGGGGAGUACUUCAUUCGAUUGAAUAAUGCAAAUUGUAAUCUAUAUAUAUUUGAAUACUAUAGUACAAUUAUUGAUUUGAGUGAUGAUUCGGGGCAAGCGGAUUAGAAAUACUUAGAGUUGUUCUAUUUACGAAGAGAAUAGGUGUGAUUUUGCGUGGAAUUUUUUCAAUGCUGGACAUGAAAAUUGAAUUGAUGAGUGUUGAACUCGUAAUUUUUCCAUUUUUUAUCAUUAUUCGGAGGGGGAAAUGUACGGUUCAAUAUUUAUCGCUCAAUUGUCGUUGUUUAUACUUUUCUCAGGAUGAAAUUUCAUGCAACAAUUCAAUUGAUGAUGAGAAUUUAUGAUUUUCGUAUAUAUUUUGGGGAUAGACAUGUGCUUUUGUAAUUAUCGACGUCAACGAAAUAAUUUUCUGUACAACUGGGGAAAUGUUGAACAUCGAAGAAGCCUUACUACUUGGUAAACAAGAGAGUGAAGAGAAAAAUAAAACUUUAAUAAUAGGCCAAAUAAUAAUAGUAAUUGGGGUGAAAAGAACACAAUUGCAGCAGUAUGAAAUUUCUUCUGUAACAAAUAAUCGUGUGAAUGCUUGUUUACUGUAUUUUCUUUGUUGAAUAAUGUAACAGGAGUAUUUUCCUUGGGAAAUAAUCCACUGAAUCGAUUGUCCAGAAUUGUGAAAUUGAUGUAAAGUCUGAUUUAAUGGGAAUCACCGCCACAAACUUCAUUUCCCGGAUGUAAUUGUCAUUGUAUAGUAUCCCUUUUCAUCCGAUAAAUGGUGGGGUGAGGGGAAAGGAGUGGAUGAAGAAUCUUGGUGACUGCAAACUCAUCGAUUUCAGUAUCGUGCAAUAAUUACUGUGGCUUCGACAAUUCAUUGAGAUUCUUCACGUGUUUUUUUUUUUAAUCGAGUUGAUGUAUGAUACGAGAGAUGCGAAUUAGUAAGAGAUUGUGUAUUCAAUAGUCCACUAAUGAAUUUGUAUAUUUCGUUGUAUAUUAUGGGUUUCUAUGAGUUCCGAGGAAUUUGUUGUUGUAUAUUAUUGAUGAACUGUCUAGGAACCUUCAAAGACCAUGUAUGUAUUACUUUAAAUGCCAUUAAUAAAUGAAUAAUUUGAUUUCUUAAGAA